ACCUAGUCCUCAACUUCGCAGUCGAAGGGCUGUGCCUCUUGCAGUAAAUGACCGCUGGCGACUGGUCGGGGGCGCAGAGUUACUGAAAGCAAUUAACCACUUGACUGCUGUGUGGUGUGAAGAGGCAGGGGUCGAACACAGGAGGCUUGGAUUGCUUCUCUGCUUGUGUAAAGGUGAAGGUCCUUGAAAUCGAGGAGGCGAAGGUUUCCGUUGAUCAGCGGGCUGCUCGCUGCAGCAAAGCUGGGAUCUAUCUUGGUCAGUGAAGUGACUCAGUGCCUUUUGGCAUGUCAUCAUUGCAAAGUUUUAUCUUCUGUUCCGGCCAUCAUCUGGGCCCAAAUCUAAGGUAACCUGAUGCUAUGAAGCUCUGUAGGGAUAAAUUAGUAGAGGAGGAGAGGCGAGUGAUAGCCAACAACCGUGAAUAUAAUGAAAAAUUUCAGUAUGCUAGUAACCGCAUCAAGACCUCAAAAUACAACAUGAUCACAUUUCUGCCUAUUAACUUGUUCGAGCAGUUCCAACGGGUUGCCAACGCGUACUUCUUGUUCCUGUUGCUCUUACAGCUAAUCCCUCAUAUCUCCUCCUUAUCCUGGUUUACCACUAUAGUGCCUUUAGUAUUGGUGUUAACAAUCACUGCAGUCAAAGAUGCUACAGAUGACUUUUUUCGCUACAAGAGUGAUAAUCAAGUCAACAAUCGACAAUCUCAGGUCCUCAUCGACGGCAAGCUACAGAAUGAGAAAUGGAUGAAUGUUCGAGUAGGAGAUGUAAUCAAAUUGGAAAACAAUCAGUUUGUGGCAGCGGAUAUCUUGUUGCUCUCAAGCAGUGAACCUCAUGGACUCAGUUAUGUUGAGACGGCUGAGCUUGAUGGGGAAACCAACUUGAAAGUUCGACAGGCGCUGACAAUAACAUCAGAACUCGGUGCAGAUAUGAGUCAAUUGGCAGAAUUUGAUGGGGAGAUUAUUUGCGAGCCACCCAAUAAUAAAUUGGACAGAUUCACUGGGACUCUGUUUUGGAAGGACAAAAAAUAUCCACUGGAUAAUGAAAAGAUGCUCCUUCGAGGCUGUGUGCUGCGUAAUACAGAAUGGUGCUUUGGUCUGGUUAUCUUUGCAGGGCCUGAUACCAAGCUAAUGCAGAACAGUGGCCAUACCAAAUUCAAACGAACAAGUAUAGACCGUCUGAUGAAUACUUUGGUCCUAUGGAUCUUUGGCUUUCUUGUGUGUAUGGGAACCAUUUUAGGAAUUGGAAAUUCCAUAUGGGAAAAUGAAGUUGGAUUUCAUUUCCGUAUUUACCUGCCCUGGGACCAAUGGAUGAAAAGCGCCAUUUUUUCAGGAUUUCUAAGUUUCUGGUCGUACAUAAUUAUCCUAAACACAGUUGUGCCAAUUUCACUUUAUGUCAGUGUUGAAGUCAUCAGACUUGGACAUAGCUACUUCAUAAACUGGGACCGGAAGAUGUUCUUUGCCCAGAAAAACAUUUCAGCCGAGGCACGGACCACAACACUCAAUGAGGAACUGGGCCAGAUAGAAUAUAUCUUUUCUGACAAAACAGGAACACUUACACAGAACAUAAUGAUUUUCAACAAAUGCUCAAUAGAUGGAAAAACCUAUGGAGAUGCUUAUGAUGAGCUGGGACAUAAAAUGGAAAUAUCUGAGAAAACCUCUCCUGUGGAUUUUUCAUUCAACACUUUAGCAGAUAACAAGUUCAAGUUUUAUGAUAACAGCCUGGUGGAAGCGACAAAAUUGGGAGAUCCGUCAGUGCAUGAAUUUUUUAGGCUGCUUUCUCUCUGCCAUACUGUCAUGUCAGAGGAAAAAAGUGAAGGUGAACUCUUUUACCAAGCCCAGUCACCUGAUGAAGGGGCAUUGGUCACUGCGGCGAGGAACUUUGGUUUCGUCUUCCGAUCACGUACCCCGGAAACCAUCACUGUGAAUGAGAUGGGCAAGCCAGUCAUCUAUCGACUGCUAGCCAUUUUGGACUUCAACAAUGUGCGGAAGAGGAUGUCUGUGAUAGUCAGAAAUCCUGAAGGACAAAUAAGACUUUACUCAAAGGGAGCUGAUACCAUUUUGUUUGAAAGGCUUCAUCCUUCUAAUGAAGAAUUGAUGUAUGUGACCUCAGACCACCUCAGUGAGUUUGCAGGGGAAGGACUGCGGACAUUAGUGCUUGCUUACAGGGACCUGGAUGAAGCUUACUUUAAUAAAUGGCAGAAAAUGCACUAUCACGCCAGCACUGCUCUCGAGAACCGUGAUGAACAACUUUCAGCAUUGUACGAAGAAAUUGAACAGGACCUGAUGUUAUUAGGUGCCACUGCAGUAGAAGAUAAACUGCAAGAAGGAGUUUCUGACACAAUUGCCAACCUAACCCUGGCCAAUGUUAAGAUUUGGGUACUGACAGGAGAUAAGCAAGAGACGGCAGUGAAUAUUGGUUACUCAUGCAACAUGUUGACAGAUGACAUGAAUGAGAUAUUCAUAAUAUCCGGCCGCACAGUUCUUGAAGUCCGCGAUCAAAUCCGAACAGCAAGAGAGCAAAUGACUGGAAAUCCUGUUUGCAAUGGACACGCUUUCUCUGAAAAGAAUGUGACUUCGCAGUUAAAAUCAGUGGUUGAAGAGACUGUUAUGGGAGACUUCGCAUUGAUUAUUAACGGGCACAGUUUAGCACACGCGCUGGAAGCAGACAUGAAGCAGGAGUUCCUGGAGUUAGCCAGCAUGUGUAGGACGGUAAUUUGCUGCAGAGUCACGCCAUUACAGAAGGCUCAGGUGGUCGAGCUUGUCAAAAUGUACAAGAAAGCCGUCACCUUGGCAAUAGGCGAUGGAGCAAAUGAUGUCAGCAUGAUUAAAACUGCACACAUAGGAGUUGGCAUCAGUGGACAGGAAGGCAUGCAGGCUGUUCUGGCUAGUGACUAUUCAAUUGGACAGUUCAGAUACCUUCAAAGACUUCUGCUGGUUCAUGGGAGAUGGUCCUAUCUUAGGAUGUGCAAGUUCCUCUACUACUUCUUCUACAAGAACUUUGCAUUCACUCUCGUUCACUUCUGGUUUGGUUUCUUCUGUGGCUUCUCUGCACAGACUGUUUAUGAUCAGUGGUUCAUUACCUUGUACAACAUAGUUUACACCUCCCUUCCUGUUCUGGCCAUGGGUAUAUUUGAUCAGGAUGUCAAUGAACAGAAAAGUUUGGAAUACACAAGACUCUAUGAACCUGGACAACUUAAUCUGCUUUUCAAUAAGCGCGAGUUUUUCAUCUGUAUAGUCCAUGGAGUCUACACCUCUAUUGUCCUCUUCUUUGUCCCAUACGGUGCAUUUUGUGACGCAACAAGAGAUGAUGGGCAACAUUUCUCAGAUUAUCAGUCAUUUGCUGUUACCGUGGCAACGUCUCUGGUGAUUGUGGUCAGUGUGCAAGUUGGGCUUGACACCAGCUAUUGGACAGCAGUCAAUCACUUCUUCAUAUGGGGCAGUGUGAUGGUCUAUUUUUCCAUCUUAUUUGCAAUGCACAGCAAUGGAUUGUUCUCAAUAUUUCCAAGUCAAUUUCCUUUUGUAGGAAAUGCUCGAAAUUCCCUGAUCCAUGUAACUGUGUGGCUAGUCAUAAUAGUAACCACCGUGCUGUGCAUUGUACCUGUGGUGGUGUUCAGGUUCUUGAAAGUGGAUUUGAAACCAACCUUGAGUGACAAGGUGCGUUAUCUGCAACAUGCCAGAAGAAAACAGAAGCCAACGCAACACCGUAUGCGACGGGUGAACCGUACCAGUUCACGGAGGUCAGGCUAUGCAUUUGCUCAUCAAGAAGGCUUUGGUGAGCUCAUUACUUCAGGAAGGAACAUGUGGUUCAGUAAUCCAUCGCCAGCAGUGACUGGGAAGUCGAUGUUGAGCAGCACCAGUUGGAUUGAAAAUUUACGGAAGAAAACAACAGAAGUCGUAAACAUCAAUAGCAGUGAGAAAAAUGUUAAACUGUAGGGUAACAGCUAU